AUGCGUGAGCGCACACCUAAGGCCUCCAACACUCGACUUGAGGGUGGUGACAGAGGUUUACUCUCCUCUCUGACCAUGUUUACUCACGCCUCAAGCUCAAACUACUACUUCCCUCAAUACACCGAAUUCUCGGACGCUCAGCAAAUCCCCUCUACCACCGUUACCACCACCACCACCACCGCCAUCAGUGGCGAAGUCAACGACACAGCUUUUAUGACCACCAGUUUGCCAGUUCUGCCACAGCAUACGGGCUUAGAAGUGGAGGCGGGAGAACUAUCCUACUACCCCACGUACACUACAUCGACUCCUGAUGCUCAACCACCCGUCUAUACAAACUACGUUCAGUACGAGUCUUCGCUCCCCACAUAUAUGUGGCCUCAGGCUCAAGAACAGGUUUCGUGGGAUGGUGUUUCAACGGACAUUCCACAUUCAGACUACAGCUAUGCCGAUCCUCGAUAUCAGGAGCAACAGCAGCAACAACCAGAACAGCAGCGGAUCUAUACGCAAGUGGAACCCCAGCAAUUGCACAAUUCACAUCAGCAAAAUCAACAUGCAAAAUCAUUUGAAGGAAUGGGUGUUGACAUGAGUACAGUAGAAGCGUCUCCCGUGCCGAUUGUCUGUGGAGGCUUCGCGCAGCCGAAGAUAGUGGAGUAUCAGUUGGACGGAAGCAUGAAACCGCCUUUCUCUUACAUCACUCUCAUUGUGUCUGCCAUGAUGUCAAAUAAAGAGAAAAGAGCCACGCUGAGCGAAAUCUAUGCUUGGAUUAUGAACCACUUCGCGUACUACAGGAAAAAUACCAAGAGAUGGCAAAACUCGGUUCGCCACGCUCUCUCCUUCAACGACUGCUUCACGAAAGUACCACGACCACCCGGAGAGACAGGCAAGGGCGCCUACUGGACUUUGCACGAAGGUGCCACAGGAAUGUUCGAAAAUGGCUCCUCCAUAAGACGCUGUCGCAAGUUUGUCGACGAGCAGCGCGUCCGGCCACGAUCUGGACGCAGUCGUAAAAAGAAGUCGCAGUAUAAGGAAUGUCAUCCGCAACCCACCACCAUUCCCUCAACCACCUCCCACUUCCCUCAGGCACUCCAGCUCCAUGAUUCGCAGCAACCAGCACUGCUAUCACCACCGCCUCAAAUCGAAACUGAUCGUCGAGGCAUGAAUCUGCCCAAGGACUCGAGGGACAGCUACGUAGUGGGCAUUUGA